AUGGGUUUACAGAAUAUAAUUCGUUGGGGUGUGGACCUGACAUUGGUGGCCAUGUUGCUAGCGGCUGUAAGACGUGAGACUGGAUUAGUAUUUGCUUACGAACGUUACGACUUUACGCAAUUGAUAAGGCGUUACUUGACCUGGGGUGAAUAUUGUUUCCAGCGAUUUGUGAACCAUGCUCAGGGAGACUCUCGUCGGUUCCGUAAGCAACUUGAUGGUGUCGAUAAGUUUUUAGAAUCGCCAUGA